AACCAAAUUCCUCGUUGAACUUCAUUAAAAAAUCAGGGCAUAUUUUGAGUCGAAUUUCAAGACAGUUCGGAUUAUAAGAACAGAACUAAACAAAACACACAAUAACGAUUAAAAACUAUGGGUUGAUUUAAUAAUAUAGUCCGAAAACGUUGCAAAACGUGUCUUUGUUGAGCCGCGGUGUUCCUAACUUCCGUUUCCCUUCCACUGUUUCAGUUCUAUUAGCGGAAAGCAUGGCGUCGGGUCACAUCAGCAGACUGGCUCACCUGUUUAAUCGCGUUAACACCAGCAGAAAUAUUAGACCAUUCAGAGUUGGAACUUUUCUGUCAUCUCACAACAAAUCUACUGUCAGAGGUUCGUCCAUUAACGACAACAGUGACGUGGAAAUCGCAGUGACAUCUGAUGGAAACACAAUAGUGUGUUAUCAUCCGACAGAAGACGUACCCUAUGAGUUCACACAGCCGAUCGUCAGGCCGGAUGUCGUCAGUGAUCAUGCAGAGACGCACGAGCAGGUGCUCAAAGCCAGACUUGGUAAAGAGGUUUUAAAUAACAAACAGACCCCGACCAUAGAGGAGCUCAGUAAGAUGUUUUACACCACCAAACACCGCUGGUACCCCGUCGGACAGUAUCACUCCAGACGCAGAAAGCCAAAUCCACCCAAAGACCGAUAGUCCUGGUCUUCUCUAAUGUUCUUUGUACAUGUACUUCUGCACAUUAAAUAAACCCUUCCUUCAGCUAUU